CUGGGCGCACGCGCUCUCGAAGGCUCCACCGCCGCCCUAUAAGAACGCGGACACACCCCACGGUCUGGCAGUAAUUUCGACGCGUUCUAACGACAAGCAAUUGCAGAGAUGUCCGUGGUACCGCUGCUGUGGCGCGAUUGGUGGGACGACUGGGAGCCUCGCACGGGCCGCCUGCUGGACCAGCACUUCGGCCUGGGGCUGUCCAGGGAUGAGCUGCUGUCUGGACUGGGCGUGCGCAGCCCGCUGCUGAGGCCCACAGGCUACCUCAGGCCCUGGCGAUCUCUCGCCAGGCAGGACUCUGGGACAUCAGCCAUUGCCGUCGACAAGGAUCGCUUCCAGGUGAGCCUGGAUGUGCAGCAGUUCGCUCCCAAUGAAAUCACAGUCAAGACGGUGGGCAAUGCAGUCAUCGUCGAGGGCAAGCAUGAGGAGCGACCCGACGAGCACGGCUUUGUCUCCCGGCACUUUGUGCGCCGAUAUCUGCUACCAAAGGACGUCGAGGUUGACGCUGUUGUAUCUAACCUGUCCUCAGACGGCGUCCUCACCGUCACAGCCCCCAAGAAGACGGCUGUGGCAGCGGGCGAGCGUGUGGUGCCUGUGAUCCAGACUGGAGUGCCCGCUGUGAAGAGCGCAGCGCCUGCCUCCCCAGAGCCGACUACAAUUGAAAUCAAGGAGGAGAAGUAGGGCUACACUUAUUAUCUGCCGAUGAACUUCUUUACAAACUUUCUUGCCAUUGCUACCGAUGUAACAAUUGUAUAACAGUGAUCUCUCUCUCUCUCUCUCUCUCUCUCUCUCUCUCUCUCUCUCUCUCUCUCUCUCUUUUUUCGUACAUGUAUUAAAGAAUUUGUAAGUAAAACUAGAAAAUUUUGACUUAA